AUGGCGAACGACGAGACGGCACCACUACUGGGCGGAAGCGAUGCUGCGCCGAAGAGGGCGGCGCUCUUCUCGCCUGCCACCAGGAUCCUCUUUGCAGGGUUCAUAAUAUCGCUAUCGUUCAGUUACACGCAGACACCCAUCUUGUAUACGUUCCAUGUGAUGGUCUGCGAGGAAUACUAUCGUCAUGCGCCUGCGUACGAAGGACCUGGCGACCGCUGUAGCCGCAACGAGAUAGACGCCGGUGCUGCGGCGCAGCUCGCGAUCAUGGGCUGCGCUACCAUAGUAUGCGCUAUCUUGAACCUCUUCAUCACAGGGUGGCAAAUGAGAAGGGUUGGUCCAAAGAUGGCCUUGGCCAUUCAGACCUUCUUUCCGGUUAUUCGGGUCAGCAUACAGGCCGCUUCGCUGUGGGUGGGGGCCGGCGGUGGGCUCAUCGUGAUGCAGAUGAGUCAGAUACUGACCCUUAUGGGCGGCCCUGCCGGCUACAUACUCGUGCUGAACACCAUCAUCGCCGAGAUCACGGAGCCGGCCGCUAGAACCGCCAUGUUUGGAAGGCUGCAAGGUGUGGUGAUGCUUGGUGUAGCUCUAGGAUAUCUUGUCGGCGGCAUCGUGGCGGAGAGGGUUAGCAUCAAAGCGCCAUUCGACCUUGCAGCCAUCUCACUUGCUCUCUGCUGUGUAUACAGCUGCUUGUUUGUGCCAUACGUCGACCCAAAGUCCCUCACGGCUGGGGACAAGGGUCCCAAAGCAAAGGGACUAUCCGCUUUCUUUGGGCCACUGAAGGCACUCGGAUCGCAGAGGAUGAGGCUUACCGACGGACGUAUCGUCAGACAUUAUGGCAUCUUCUUCCUUGCUCUUGGGGUAUUCACCGGAGUCCUUGCCACGGGGUAUGCACCUACCUUGAUCCAGAUGUACGCCAUGACCAAGUUUGGGUUCCGGUCAACCAACAACAGUCUUCUUAUGGCGGUCAACUGCCUCAUCCGGGGGAUCUUCCUGAUGUUCGUGUUUCCGCACAUCAUCUCCUAUGGGCGCAGAUGGUUCAAAACGUCGACCGGGGUAGCAAGCCCCGAGCCGGACCUCGACACGGUCAUCCCGACCGAGCCACGGGACUUUGACCCCGUACCUAUAACAGUCGCCGACCAGGAGCCCGCCAAACCCCCGAGCCCGGUGGAAAGAACUGAGGGCGCGGCGUUUGACUUGUUCUUCUUGCGGUGGAGUCUCCUCAUCGACGGUGUCAUCACGGCAUCCUCGGCUUUUGCCACCCAGGGUUGGCAUAUGUAUAUGGUGGGAUUCCUGCUUCCCCUAGCUUCCGGAUCAGCGCCAGCAAGUAAAGGCGUCCUGACCGAAAUGGUGCCUGCGUCUCAGAAGGCCGAAGUCCUCCAGGCCAUGACGCUGGUCGAGUACACGGCGACGUUCACCACUUUGGGGCUCUUUGGUGCCAUAUUUUCCACGUUGGCCGAUGCUGGAAAGUCGUAUCUGACCUUUUACUGCAACGCGGCAAUCGCCAUCGUCGGAGUGUGUCUGCUUCUGUUUUCAAGGUUUCCACCUCAAGACAGCGAGCUGGUUCCGGAGCAGGCUGAUGAGAAUUCGCCCAUGCAAGAUGAGCCAUAG